GAUUUCAUCGGGUUCGCUACGCUGCCGGAGCAAGUCCACAGGAAGAGUGUUAAGAGAGGGUUCGACUUCACGCUGAUGGUGGUGGGCGAGUCUGGCCUCGGCAAGUCUACUCUCAUUAACAGCCUCUUCCUCACAGACCUCUACAAGGAGAGAAAAGUCCCCACAGGAGAGUCCCUGGUGGAGAAGACCGUCACCAUAGAAAAGAAGACCAUUGAGAUAGAAGAGAGAGGAGUCAAGCUGCGGCUGACCGUCGUCGACACCCCGGGGUUUGGGGACGCCGUUAACUGUGAGGAAGGGUGGAAGUCGGUGGAGCGAUACGUGGACGAGCAGUUCAACAAGUUCUUCCAGGACGAGUCAGGACUCAACCGCAAGAACAUCCAGGACCACAGAGUCCACUGUUGCCUGUACUUUGUCCCGCCCUACGGCCACGGGCUGAGGCAGAUGGAUGUGGAGUUUAUGAGACGCCUCCACCGGAAGGUCAACAUUGUGCCCGUCAUAGCAAAGUCUGACACACUAACCAAAACAGAAAUAAACAAGCUCAAGACCAACAUUCUCAAUGAUAUCGAAACUAACAAGAUAAAGAUAUAUCAGUUUCCUGAGUGUGAUUCAGAUGAGGAUGAGGAUUUUAAGCAACAAGAUCGAGAGUUAAAGGCAUCCAUUCCCUUUGCUGUAAUUGGAUCUAACUGCAUUAUUGAGGUGGCGGGAAGAAAGAUGAGGGGGCGACAGUACCCAUGGGGUAUUGUGGAAGUUGAGAACUCUGCUCACUGUGACUUCGUGAAGCUACGCACGAUGUUGAUCUCUACACAUAUGCAAGACAUGAAGGAAGUAACGCAAGAUGUACAUUAUGAAAAUUUCAGAGCACAGUGUAUUUCACAAAUGCAGCAGGUUGCAAUGAAGGAGAGAAACAAACUCAAGAGAGAAAGUGCUGCAAACUUUGACCAAGUUGGAGAUGCAGAUAAAUUACUUCAACAGAAAGAUGAAGAGAUCCGACGUAUGCAGGAAAUGCUGAGUCAGAUGCAGGAAAAACUAAAAGAAUCUGGCAAGGACCCCGCUGCUGCUCUUUCCCUUGAACCUGGUAAACGAGACUCGGUAGUCAAUGUGUGACAUCACUGCUGUGCUGUAUCAUCCUUUCACAUCAUUUGUUUCAUGUGGUGUUUCAAUCAGCUGUUCAUACAUUAUCAAUGUGUGUGUGUGUAACAAUGUCACCUCCUCUAGCUUGUGACAUGACAACGUCAUCUUGUGGAAGCCAUAAACUCUGUGUGAAGUAUUCCUCAUAUGUGCCAUUUUCUGUGUCAAUGAUGCCUUUUGCUGAACAAAUAUGCAUCAUUAAUUCCAUUUUCUCCAUACGUGGCAGAAAUAUAAACAAAACUCAAUGACACAUUAUGGAAUAAAUCCAGGGAAAAAAUGUGUGACAAAAUGAAAAAACUGAACUUUAACUGUGUUUAUCCAAAUGAAGAUAUAUCAUUCAGAACACAUGUGAGGUGUGUCCAGGUGGUGUGCAUGCCACUCUUGUGGAGGAAGAAAGGCAAUUAAUGCAUGUCUUACAAUUAAUUUAUUCCUGAUGAAUAUGCUAAUUAACAUGAGGUCAAUCUUGUUAAAAUGUAACAUCCACAAAAAUUGGAUUAAACUGAAUUUGUUUUAACUAUAUUGCAUAUAAGGAAUAUAUAUAUUGCUGUACAUUUUUAGAUAUUUCUUUUUCUCUGACUUUUCAUAUUUUUCUAAUAUAGCAAUGCUAAAUUAAGAAAUGAAAACUGAAAACCAAUAAACAAAAAAGCUUCGAGCAUGUGUGUCCUCUUCAGGCAUGUUGUUAAAACAUAUUUUGUACUAUAAUGUUUCACUAUUUGCCUUUUAAGACAAAAUUCAAUUUAUAUUCAGGCACUGACAAUCUGCCAUACUGUAUGAAUUUAUCAGUAACCAAACUGCAGUUGUGUACACAAUAUAGUCUGUUUAAUCACUGCAUAAAAAAGCUCAGAUACAACACUGUGGUUGAACUAUGAUGGUGAAACAAAGGCUUGUACUCAGCCCUUAACAUUGAAAAACAGUAAUUCCACAUGAAAGACUGAAGAUUACAUUAGUAUGUGUAACAUUCCUCGAGAUUUUGAACAUAGCAGAAUGAAUGACAUCAUUGGCAAUGUACAAGUAAAUGUUUAAUUACAAAAUUGACCUUUGGAGAUUGACUAUCCUGUAAAAUAUUUUUAAUUUUUUUAUAUUGAAACAGUUUCUACAUCAUAACCAGUUCAAAAUAAACUGUUUGCAAAAGUUUUAAGGAUGAAUCAUCCAUACAGUUCUCCUGAUCACAACUGCAUAAAUCAUUGCUUGCCUUGAAUAUCCAUCCUAUAACAUAUGUCAUGUACAAUUUAAGGUAUAUCAUUUGGAAAUAAGCCAUUGCUUUCUGUUUUUAACCACAUGAGUGAUGGGCAUGCUUAUGCUGUAGCACUGCAGCAUUAAAAAUUUACUGGACUUAAUAAAUGACUAGACACCAGCCAAUAAAAGCUUAUGCAAUCCUUAAUGUCAGCAGUAACAGGUCUACCAGGUAUAAUUAUUGCAUAUGUUCUCUAGCAUUCGUAUGGUAUGUGGCCAUGUUAUCAUGAUAAUUUGGAAUCAUGAUAUCAAAUUGAAAAGCUGUUUCUUACAGCUGUCGACAUCCUGUUGUUCCUUACCAACUGGUGCUUCAUGGGCAACUAACAUGCAGGGAUACAUAUUUUUAUCACCAGGUACUAAGGGUUAAUGUGAACAGCAAGGAAACUGUAUCUUCCUGUAACAUGUAUUACUAGUAUGCUCCCAUAUCAUAUCUGCUAUUCAGUGGACCAAAUACUUUGCUCAUGAUAAAAACUCAUACUGUACAGGACUUAUCCCAAUGUUACAAUGUAUGUCUUACACUACUGUCCUCACAAAACACCCAAACUGUAUAGGACUUGGUCUAGCAUUACAAUGUACGUUUUACACUGUUGUCCUCAAAAUACCCCACACUGUGCAGGACUUAGCCCAGCAUUACAAUGUAUGUCUUACACUAUUGUGCCUACUUGUUUAAGAAAUAAUUGGUGUAUUGUACUAAUAUUAUUCAUGAUAAGCAUAUUCAUUGUCCUUCAUUUUUCUUUACUAAACAAGAUUUCUUUCAACAAAACAGAUUAAGCUUUUUUCCAUAUUUAGAAGAAUUUUUUUUAUUUUGAAGAAUCUUUUUUCCUAUGAAAAAGACAUUGUAUAUUGAUAUUCUUGUAAUAUUUGUUCAUAACAUUAUUUUAUCAAAUAUUUGACAACUAUAUUAUCACAUGAUUAUAUAUUAAAAUAGGUUUUAAUUUACAGUUUCAUAAAUAUUGUUGAUGUGAGAAAAAGUUUGAAAUUAUUGUAAACAGUUGCCCUCACAAUAUCAUUGACAGACGCUUCCGUUCUUGUAAAAUAAGCCUUCUGAAGAUUUUUCUUAUUCUUACAUUAUUUACUUUACAUAGUUUCUUUACUAGUGAUGCAAUAUGGCUCAUGACGUGAUCCAUGCUGGUUUGCAUAUCCUUCCCUCCUCGGUAUAUAGGCUUCGCCUCAUAGUUCAUAUUCUAUAAUGCAUUUUAUGAACAAUAAAAUGUGACAUCCUAUAUCCAACUACAGUAUAGUAUUUUAAAAUAUUAGCCUUGUCAUUUUUUGCUAUUCAUUGAUUACUUAUUUUAAUCUGUAAUUGCUUAAAUUUAGCUAUACAGUACUUGUUAAUUUGUUUUCAUUUUUUCCAUUUUGUAUCGAUACCUUGCUCAUUGUGACACACUAUGCUCAGCUCUUGGUCUGCAAUAUCAUGUAAUUCAUUAAACAAUAACUUAUUUUCUUAUCUGUUUACAGUAUAAAUUCACAAGGCUUUUGUCCAACCAAUGAAAUAGAUUUGUGGUGCACUCUUAUGAUACAAAUUUGUAAACAUUUCUUACGAACACCAGAAGUGCUAUUUGAUAAUUAUUAUAGUGAAAUAUAUGUCAUAUACUUGUACUGUCACUAUGGUUAUUUUCAGUAUACAUUUAAUUUUAUUGAUAUAUUCAAGCAGGGAAUAAAUUUGUCAUCAACAACUUAAAGUUUUGUAAACACAUGCUGUGAUAAUAAUAGAUGAAGUUAGUUUUCAGUAUUGUAUAUCUGAAGAAAAUAGUAAACAUACGUAUAUUUAACAUUGUAUCUUUGUUAACGGGAAGAAACUAAGGAUUUACUGGUUAUUAGUGACAGUUGAGAGGCAAGUAACCAGUUCCGGGCAAGUGACACUCAAUGCUCCUUGCACCACACGAAUAUAUAAUUCUAAGGGCACAUUCAAUGGAAGCCUUAUAUAUUUGUGGAACAUAAAUGUGUAAUAAACUUUUGUCAUUGGCAAUUAAUCUUUUAAACAUGUUCAGUAUUGUUUUGGAUAUAACACUAUUGUGCUGUACUAAUAAAAAUUAUUAUUUUAGAUAAAAAUGGAUUAUAAUUUUGGGGGGAUCUUAAUUACUGUAUUUUUUUAAAGUCAUAAUAAAAUAUAAGAAAGUAUCAGUUAAAAAUCAGAAUUAAAAUUAGCACAUAUACUGGGUAGUAAUUAUAAUGUUAAAUGAUUUUAUGAAGUGGUUGACUCCAAAGGUCCUUGCAAGACAGUAAAUGAAUUAUUGAAUAAAUGCAUAUUAUAGCGAGUGAAAAUAUGUACCUGCACCAGAAAGUAUUUCUUAUGCCCAUCUAGUGAGGUAGUUUGUGAAUUUACCCAAUUGCCACUCUCUAUCUAGUGAUCAAGUGUAAGGACAUGAGUCCUGGCCUGUCAACCAUAAAUGUUUCUAAUGGGCACAAUGGAGAGUUGUGAAUAACCUCAGGUAACCAUGAAGUUCAACAUCGGGGAGGAGAGAAAAUAUUUCUACGAUGAUAAAUUUGUAGUAAUUAUGCUGGCGAGUUAUUUCAAAACAAAGUUAAUUCAAUGUCAACCAAAAGUAGCAGUGAUAUUGCAAUUAAAGUAUUAGGGAGAUAGAGAAUAUUUACUGAAAGCUAUGUAUCUGAAUCAGUUAAUGUAACAAAAAAAUUGCUUUCAGUAUUAAAUUACAAUAGAUAAAAAAUAGCUUAAGUCUGAGAGCUUAUCCAGAUAGGUUGUAGUAUAUUUCCUGUGAAGAUACACAAUGUAGAAAGAUGGUUAGAAUUCUGUUCUGUGGGGGUGGGAGAUUUCACAAGAAAUGUGUUAAAAAAAAAUAUAUAAAAAAGAAGAAUUCACAGAGCUAAUAACCUAAGAAUUUAAGAUUUUAUAAAUGCUGUUUAGUGUGUACAGAGUCCUUGGUCUUCAAAAGGCCAUUUGGUUUGUGACGUUUUUUUGUUGCACCUCAGUUACUCGUUACUUUAAUGGUAUGAUAAUGAUAUUGACCACCUUUUUAAUUUUCUUUUUUUUUGUUUACUUUGAAUGCAAUUCAGAGAUAUUUGGUUUCAUAUUGAACCCACACUGCCACACUCAAUAACUUUCGUCAGUGUCAUUUUUACUGUUUAUAGUUGCAAUGGUUCAACAAUAUUGUCUAUCAACACAAUGUAAUGAUUUAGACGUUCUUUAUGAACUCAUGAUACGCAUGAGAACUUUCCUUACCAGCUUGGCUUCUCCAGGCUGUGUUUCAACUUGUUUUGAUUUUCUAGUAAUUUCAAUAAAAACAAAUCAUGUAUUUUAGGUUAAUAUAGCUAUUGUUCUCCAAUUUAUGAUCUCAGGAUAUGAUUCUGAAGUGUCAAUUUCAUUUAGAAUAUUCAAUUUUGCUAAAAAGAUUACUAAAACUGAAAAUUUGUCAUCUAAGAAGACUAGUCAAAUACAUCAUAAGCUAUUAUGUAGUUGCCCUAACAAAGUCUACUAGUCAGCUGGUACUAAGGAGUCUAUCCUUUAAUUGUUCCAUAGUUGCAUAACCAGAAUUCACGCUUUGAAAUUAAUGGUAUCACAAUGUUUGUUAAUUGAUGCAAAUAAUUGCAGACAUUUUCUUAAACUACCAACAGUUUAACAAAAUUCCCCAGGGAAAACCAUCUACAGUAAUCAUAUUAAUAAUAUUACAGUUAUAUGUAUGUUCUUAAUAGUAUUAUACUGUAUAUGUUUUUAUAUGAAAUCACAAACCUGAUACAAGUAUGUUUUCAUGCGAGUGAUUUUUGGGCCAUAAGUGGAACAACAUUUACGAGAGCAUUAACAGAUAAAUUGUAUCCCACAAGGCUAAUAGAAUUUUAGUCAUGUAAUUUAAAAAUACAAUUCUGUCUUAAAUAUGUACAAGCACACACACAGUAAUACAGAAUAAACAUACACAAACAUUCAAACUAAAAAGCAAACUGUAUCCUACACAUUCCUGAUUAACUGAGGAUGAAAUGUGAUGGAAUGAAUUAUGUUAAUAGCUUUAAUACCCUAUUUGAUUAUGUUAUUUAUAUGGAGAUAAAAUUAUACUCAUUUCUAUUGAUUAAUAAUAAAAUGCACAAUAAAUAA